CUUGAUUACCGGAUGUGUAAUGGCGAUUUACAGUAAUCAUACAGCGACUGCGACAUUUUAAUUCUAACCUACUAGAAACGGCGGAAACGCGUGUUAAGAAAUUACAUAAAAAAUUGUGUGAAGUUCUGUACCUCUGUUAAUUAAUCUCCAGAAUGACGCUGUAUUCUUGGGGUGCUAAUAGUUCAGGCCAGCUUGGAUUAGGUGUAAAGUCGGAACAAGAAAUCGAACCGAAAGAAGUAAAUCUAUCUAAUACUGAUCUCAAGGCGCAAAAUAUUGUACAAAUUACCGGUGGUUCUGGUCAUACUUUAAUAUUAGAUAAUAACGGACAUGUAUAUAGCUGCGGUUUAAAUAGUAAAGGUCAACUGGGAUGCUCGGAAGAAACUUUAAAGUUCGAGUUAAUUGAUAUUUUGAAGGAAUUUAAAAUUGUACAAAUAUCAUGCGGAUGGGAUUUCAGUGCAGCUGUUUCAGAAUGCGGAAAGUUGUUUGUGUGGGGUAAUAACGCUUACACACAGUUAGGCUUAGGUAAAAGUAUCACGUGCACCGGUAUACCGUCUCGUCUACAGGUCUCGCAGAAGCUGGCGACCGGCUUUCAAGAGAUCAGCUGCGGGUUAAGACACAUAGCUGUGAUAACAAAAGAAAACGGUUUGUUAGUCGCGGGUACCGGUAGUAAAGGCCAGUUAGGGUUAGGAAAUAAUUAUAACGACAACAACUAUCUUAGUAUAUCCAAGGUUCCUGAGGUAGAUGAUGUUAAAUCGAUUGCGUGUGGUCAGCACCAUACCUUAGCGUUAAAGACUGAUGGUACAGUGUUAAGUUGGGGUGAUAACAAAUACGGACAAGUCGGGCUAAGUACGGAUGUCCCCACCGCUUUGGUUCCGUCGUCGAUACUUAUCGAUAGCUCCCUGAAAGAGGUGCAUGCCGGUUGGACGCACAGCGCCGCCCUAACGAAUGAGGGGGAAAUUUACUUGUGGGGUCGAAAUUCUUAUGGUCAGUUGGGUAUGGAAGGAGAGGACAGCCACAAACCGCAAAAAUUAAAGCAUUUGAAAAACGUGAAUCUGCUCAGCUUAGGCUCAGAGCACAAUCUUGCGCUUAACACUGAUGGUCAGCUUUUCUGUUGGGGGUGGAAUGAACACGGUAAUUGUGGAACUGGUAAUACUAAGAAUGUGUUGAAACCCAAACAGAUUUUUGUCCAACAUAAAGUUAAGUAUGCCGCAGCUUGUACUGGUCAUUCAUUCGCUGUUGUUGAAUAAUUUUGUUACCAUUGUAAAUAUUGUCUAUAUAAAAUAAUUGCGAUUAAUAAGUAUUUUUAUAUUGAUAUGUUAAUUGCAUGCGUGUAUUCCGUAUUUUUAUAAUAUAUUAAGUAAGACAUG